AUGUCCCAGUACCGUGACCGGAGUGGGGGUUCUCAAAACAUGGCCAUCUCAUAUGCAAGCGGACUUCCAGCUGACAACCAGGCGCUACCGUCUUUUCGCGAGCUGCUGCCGCCUCACCUACACGAGGAGAUUGAGUCGACUUCAUACUACACCUCUCGGCAACCGCGCGAACGUCCGACAUCAUCUCACGAUGUGACGAAUAAUUUCCGCCCUCCAUAUGCAUCGUCCUCUAAGACGCCAUUCGAUCACAGGGAUUACUUAGGAAGGGCCUCCGAUCCUCACCCAAGAAACCCUGCGCACGUUCCAAGCGCCACUGAUGCGGCCCCCCGGUACACUUCACGCCCGAGCCCCAUGCUUCCACCAAUCCGCGAUUUGCAGUCAUAUCCUGAGCGCGGAAUGGGCGUCUAUACGGAAUCCAGGGACCUUUCACGACCGGAGCUCGCCGCCAGGUCUGUCGGGCCUCAUGGAUACACUUCAGCUUCGUUGACUGGCCCGAUGGACAGAAGGGGUGACGCGUAUGGAACCGCGCCUAUGCACCCUCAGAUGGGAUAUCCUUAUCAACAUAUGGCUUACCAAAGCGAUCCGGAACAUGCCCCUUCGCACGCACUGUCACACGCGCCGCAGUCGAACUUUGGGAUUUUGGGAGACCCUAUUGAUCCCAAGAACAAGCGCAGGCGUGGCAACCUGCCAAAGCCUGUCACCGACACUCUCCGAGCCUGGUUUCAUGAGCAUCUUGAUCAUCCUUACCCUAGCGAGGAGGAUAAGCAAAUGUUCAUGAGUCGUACAGGUCUUACAAUCAGUCAGAUCAGUAAUUGGUUCAUCAAUGCGCGGAGACGCCAACUGCCUGCCUUGCGGAAUCAGAUGCGCAACGGGAGUGAGCUGGACCCGCAACGACAGUCUCCUCUAAGUGAUAUGGAGCAAACACCUUCCGAGUCAUCACCUCACCGGAGACUCUGA